CUACUACACUCCACUCGCUGUUUCAGUCUCCACCAACAAAAAGAGCACACUACCCUGCCGGCUCAUCCCCGCUGCCGGAGCACCUACGCACAGACUAGGCAGCAAUGCGUCGCCUCCACUACACCAUCACCAUCCUACUCUCCGCCACCUGCCUCCUUCACGCCAUGGGGUCGCCAGCACUGCCUGACCCGGCGUCGCUCGAGCCGUCCCUGCUCUUCCCGUCGGCCGGCGCCUCCCAGGCUCAACCCGCCGCGGCAUCCACCAUCCCGGCAUUCCCCGAGCAGUCCGAGGCCGCGGCCACGUCCUCCGUCUGCCAGCUCACUCCCUCCCCGCCGCUCCUCCCGGCCGUCCUGGCCUCCUGCAACGCCGGCAGCGCCGGUGGCGGCGUCCUCCCGCCGCGGCUGCGGUGCUGCCCGGCCCUGGCCGCGUGGCUGUACGCCGCGUACGCGCCCACCGCGUUGGGGAGCGACGGCAGCAGGUGGUCGAAGCUUCCCGCCGCGGCGGCGGACGUGACGGACCUGCCGCUGCUGCCGGACGACGUGGAGGAGUGCGCGGGCGCCGCGGAGCGCGCGCUGAGGUCCGCGGGAGCGACGCUGCCGCAGCCGCAGGCGGGGAGCAAUAAUGGGACGACGUGCGACGUGCCCUUCUGCUACUGCGGGAUAAGGCUGAGGCGGCCGGUCUGCGCGCUGCCGGCGGGCAGGGCUGCGAGGAGGCUGGAGAGGGACUGCGCGCGGCCGGGGCUCGCCGGCUGCUCCCGGUGCCUCCGGGCGCUGAACCUGCUGAACGCCAUUGGAGAGAAGAACGCCACGUCGGGGAAGGCCAAUCAUGGGGCGAAGCCACGUGAGCGUGACUGCCAGCUCAUGGGGCUGACGUGGCUGCUGCAGCGGAACGCCACGCGGCAUCGGGCGGCUGCUACGGCGGUCCUCCAGGCUCUCAUGGCGGCCGAGGAGGCGGGCGCUACCAGCGCGCCCGCCACGUGCUCGCUCCCCGUGGACGGCCUGCCGCUUGCCGUCGCAUCGUCGGAGAUCAAUGGCGCCGCCGAUGCGUCCCCCUUGGGCAGCCUGCUUCUUCGCUUUCUGCUGGGGACGUCUGCCUUCAUCUUGUCCCGGCGGUUCUGAGCAAAAUCUGAUCUUCGCUGCGCGGUUUCUUGCUAUUUCUUCGUUGUUCUGCACUUCUGAUGUUGAAUUAGUAGUUGUUCAAUUUGUUUGUACUUCUGAUGAUGUUUAGUUCUUGAAAGGCUAGGGACUAGAGAGUGGACUUCGUUACUGUAAUUAUAUGCAAUCCCGGUGGGGAUGCCUAA